GAUCCUGGAGGUGGCCAGCAGGGGCCGCUGCGGACGGAGGCGGACCCCGGCCCGGAAGCCGGCUGGCGGCGGCCAGGCGCACUCGCCGACUCCGCCCGCUUCCGCUUCCGCCGCCGCCGCCGCGGGUCUUCGCUGAGUCGCCGUCUGCUGAGCCCCCGCCGCCGCGAUGCCGCUGGAGAACCUGGAGGAGGAGGGUCUGCCCAAGAACCCCGACCUGCGCAUCGCGCAGCUGCGCUUCCUGCUCAGCCUGCCGGAGCACCGCGGGGACGCGGCCGUGCGCGACGAGCUGAUGGCGGCCGUCCGCGACAACAACAUGGCUCCUUACUACGAAGCCUUGUGCAAAUCCCUGGACUGGCAGGUGGACGUGGACCUGCUCAGUAAGAUGAAGAAGGCGAACGAAGAAGAGCUGAAGCGCUUGGACGAGGAGCUGGAAGAUGCAGAGAAGAACCUCGGGGAGAGUGAGAUCCGCGAUGCCAUGAUGACCAAGGCCGAGUACCUGUGCCGCAUCGGUGACAAGGAGGGUGCUCUGACAGCUUUUCGCAAGACAUAUGACAAAACUGUGGCACUAGGUCACCGACUGGAUAUUGUGUUCUAUCUCCUUAGGAUUGGCUUGUUUUAUAUGGACAAUGAUCUUAUCACUCGAAACACAGAAAAGGCCAAAAGCUUAAUAGAGGAAGGAGGAGACUGGGACAGGAGAAACCGCCUAAAAGUAUAUCAAGGUCUUUAUUGUGUGGCUAUUCGUGAUUUCAAACAGGCAGCUGAACUCUUCCUUGACACUGUUUCUACAUUUACGUCCUAUGAGCUAAUGGAUUAUAAAACCUUUGUGACUUACACUGUGUAUGUCAGCAUGAUUGCCUUAGAAAGACCAGACCUCAGGGAAAAGGUUAUUAAAGGAGCAGAGAUUCUUGAAGUGCUGCAUAGCCUUCCAGCCGUUCGGCAAUAUCUGUUUUCACUGUAUGAAUGCCGCUACUCAGUUUUCUUCCAGUCCUUAGCUGUUGUGGAACAAGAAAUGAAAAAGGACUGGCUUUUUGCUCCUCAUUAUCGGUACUAUGUGAGAGAAAUGAGAAUUCAUGCCUACAGCCAGCUGCUGGAAUCAUAUAGGUCAUUAACCCUCGGCUACAUGGCAGAAGCCUUUGGUGUUGGCGUGGAAUUCAUUGAUCAGGAACUCUCCAGAUUUAUUGCUGCUGGGAGACUACACUGCAAAAUAGAUAAAGUGAACGAAAUAGUGGAAACCAACAGACCUGAUAGCAAGAACUGGCAGUACCAAGAAACUAUCAAGAAAGGAGAUCUGCUACUAAACAGAGUUCAGAAACUUUCCAGAGUAAUUAAUAUGUAAAACCAUGUAAACAAAGGAUUUCCUUUGGAGAUAAUGACGUGGAAUUUUUAUAGCGCAUUUCACUAUGUGCCCAGUUCAGCUGUAUAAAAGGAAUACUGUGUUGUUUCUGUCA